GACACAAUUGCAAUGCGCACACACUUCCUGAUGGAGCUGCUCCUGCGAAGAAUAAAAAUACACUCCUAGCAAGCCGGCUAGACGAGUUGAGAAAAAGUUAUGUCUGGCUGUGAAGUGGAUAGAGAAAGACUACUCUUUAAAAUGGACGUUAUUCCUCGGUUUCCUGUACAUUAAUAGCAGAAAAUAUCCCCAUGCCCAGAGAGCCACCGGCACUGGCGACAAGACAACUGCGAAGGGUUGGAUUGUUUAAGCUAAUUACGCUCAGUCCCGGUAGCUAGUGUUAGCAACCAGGGCUAGCCAGCUAACGCAAACCUGCUAGCCAAUAUAUUGUAGGCCUUAGCUAUCUUGUUUUUACUAGCAACUGUUGUAUGGUACUCUUAAAAUAACGUCAGCACGGGACUGUAUACAUGUUACAGGCCCGUAUUGCUUAUGCCAAAAGCUAACUCUGAGCACUUUCAAAUUGCAUUGAGUGUUUUUGGGGGGAGGGCAGCUGGCUACAGCUCGCUGUGCUAGUCAAGCUAGGCGGCUAGCCUGUUGGUUGGCUGCAUCCUACCAACUUAGCUGACAGUAUCAUUAAGCCAUUUAAACGUUGUCAUGACAGGUUUUUUUUUUUUUAAGUACACGCAGCUAGCUGUAACGUCGCUUAAGUUAUUACUUCACGUUAGCCAUUGCAAGCGAAUUGUCUUGGCCGUUAUUGGCAUCCCCUUGCCCAAUAUUAUUGUGAGUAGACCAUAACGAGUGUGUUCUUGUCUGCUAUUUGCUCUCUAUUCAGUAAGCUGCUAGCUGGCGUUAGCUAGUAAUGUCUCUAACGUUACCGUCUGCCGAUAUACACGAAACACCUCCUGGGUAUCCGUUUGAAGAAAUCAACUAUGAGGAUAUUGAAGUCGAGGAGGUGGUGGGGAGAGGAGCUUUCGGGGUUGUUUGCAAAGCCAAAUGGAAAGGCAACGAUGUCGCCAUCAAGACCAUUGAGAGUGAAUCAGAGAGGAAAGCCUUCAUUGUCGAGCUCCGGCAGCUUUCACGAGUGAAUCACCCCAACAUUGUCAAGCUGUACGGCUCGUGCAAUAAUCCAGUCUGCCUUGUGAUGGAAUACGCUGAGGGCGGGUCUUUGUACAAUGUGCUGCAUGGUGCUGAACCCCUCCCCUAUUACACUGCUUCCCAUGCCAUGAGCUGGUGUUUUCAGUGUUCCCAGGGCGUCGCCUACCUCCAUGGCAUGAAACCAAAGGCUCUCAUUCACAGGGACCUCAAGCCACCCAAUCUGCUUCUAGUGGCAGGUGGCACGGUGCUGAAAAUAUGUGACUUUGGGACAGCGUGUGACAUUCAGACACACAUGACCAACAACAAAGGAAGUGCAGCAUGGAUGGCCCCAGAGGUAUUUGAAGGCAACAAUUACAGCGAGAAGUGCGACGUGUUCAGCUGGGGGAUCAUUCUCUGGGAGGUGAUCACUCGCAGGAAGCCCUUCGAUGAAAUCGGAGGACCGGCUUUUCGCAUCAUGUGGGCUGUGCACAACGGCACAAGACCUCCUUUAAUCCACAAUUUGCCCAAACCCAUUGAGAGCCUAAUGACUCGCUGCUGGUCUAAAGACCCCUCUCAGCGGCCCUCUAUGGAGGAGAUCGUGAAGAUCAUGACUCAUCUAAUGAAGUACUUCCCAGGAUCCGAUGAACCCCUGCAAUAUCCAUACCAGUAUUCAGAUGAUGGACAGAGCAACUCUGCCACUAGCACAGGUUCGUAUGUGGAGUACACCAGCACAAGCAGCAAAAGCGACGCCAACAUGGAGCACAGUGACUCCCAAGGGAGCAACGAUACUAUCAAGAUCACGCCUCAGUUCGCCCCUUACUUCAAGCCGAAGGCGGACCCAAUGAGGACUCUGCCUCUGUCCAGGGGGGGCAGCGUCGAGAGCCUGCCCGCACGGACGCAAUGCCCCACGUUGUCCGACAACAAGAGGAUGAGCGCUGACCUGUCGGAGCUGGAGCCCAAGAUGCCAUUCAUGCCUGCAGCACAUCCCCAGUAUAAACGAGGCCACCGUAAAACGGCAUCGUUCGGCACGAUUCUGGAUGUCCCCAAGAUCGUCGUCACAGCCUCAUGUGAUCCUCAGAGACGUCGGUCCGUGCAGGAUCUGCCGGGCAUUGGCACAGAGUCCAGCCAGGGCAGUAGAAACAGCAGCCGGUCCUCCAGUCCGAGCGUGAGGAUGAUGCCCAAUAAGACAAGCAGCGGAGGUUACUUCUCCCCCGACGACCCCACAGACAGCAACGGCUCGGACAACUCCAUUCCCAUGGCUUAUCUCACCCUGGAUCACCAGCUGCAGCCUCUUGCUCCCUGCCCCAACUCCAAAGAGUCCAUGGCCGUGUUUGAGCAGCACUGCAAGAUGGCCCAGGAAUACCUGAAAGUGCAAACUGAGAUCGCCCUGCUGAUUCAGAGACAGAAAGAGCUCAUCGCUGAGCUAGACCAAGACGAGAAGGACCAGCAGAACACGUCCCGGCUGGUGCAGGAGCACAAAAAGCUGUUGGAGGAGAACAAGAGUCUGUCCACGUACUACCAGAAGUGCAAAAAGCAGCUGGACCUGAUCCGGGUCCAGCAACAGAAGAGACAGGGCACGUCGUGAUGAGACAGAGACCUCUGUGAACUGCUCCCAGUCCCCCCUCCCCAGCCCAACGUCCCCCUCCCUCACCCCGACACUGUAACACUACCCAGUCAUUACUCUGUGCACACACACACACACACACACACACACACACUGUUCCCAGUCCAGCGUUGUAAGAAGACCUGUGUCCUGUGGACCUCUCCCUCCAGCAACCCGUGAAAUACCCUGGAACCCCCCCCCCCCCCCCCCAUCCCCAUCCCCUCCCCACAAAUCCUCGAUCCUCGGAGGGUGCAGCAGUGGGCCGACUGGUGCGGGUCGCGUCGUGGCUCUCAGGGCCUCGGUCUGCGCAUCAGCCCACCCCAAUCCUCCAGAAUGUGAAGGGGGUGGUGAAUCAUAUGCAAGAACCUCUUGGAGAUCGGUGAGGAUCUCUGAAGCUGUUCUUUGGCGCGCGUGCGUGUGCAUGUGUGCGCGCGUGUGUGUGUGUGUGUGGAAUUACUGUUAUGCAAACCGCACACCCCUUAAAUCCACCCAUUUAUCUCCUCUUUUUUUGUCAUGGUGAGCAUGGGGCUCCGUACCUGUUCACUUCCACAAGAUGUCAACCCUUUGGAGAGGUACUUUGUUUUGGACAAAAGGGAAUAGCUCUGGGAGGAGGGGGGGAGGGGGGGGGGCGUUAGUGUUAAACCUGGAACCUAAAUAAGACACACUCUCUCACACACACACACCAAGCUUCCAGAGCAAACUGCGAGCUGCAUAUUGCUCUUUUUAUUUGGACUUUGGAUUUGAUCUUUUUUGCGUGUAUGUUUUUUCUUGUCUUUUUUUUAUUCAGUAGUUCCCUUUGUAUGAUAUCUCUUGUCAUUUCUGCGUUAGGACGUGUUUGAUCUGGCCUGGGAAUGCCCUUCCGAACAAAAAUAGAGGCGCCUGUACGUCUUUUUACAGUAUCUAGUUUGUUUUUAGUUCACAUGAUGCCUUAGAAGUUGCCUGCAUUUUAAGUGCUUGUUUUUAUGUGACAUUUAGUGGGGAUAAAAGAUAAAAUAUAUAUAUUUUCAAUGUAAUGGAUAGCGAAUGAAUUUCUC